GGAGUUUUCGUGUAAAAGAGAGCGAACCAGGAUCCCUGUGCAAGAUUGUUCGCUUUUAUUAGUUAAAGUUUCGGCAUUCACUUAUUUUAAACGUACGCUUGAGUUGUGACAGUUAUUGGAUUUUAACGGAAACGUUCAGAAGGAUUCGAAACUUAAAGUGAACUUUAUUCUUAAGCUGUCAAGUUGGUUUUAUCUGCGUUAUAAAGGAUAACAUAUACGCAAAAAAAGUAUUGAAUUUUACGGACAUCAUGCAGAAGUUGAAUUCGGUGAACAGUAUGAAUUCGGAGCUCCAGCAGCGGCUGGCGGAUAACGGCGGAUCCGGAGAGGCAGCGAGGGAGAACGGCACGAAGCACAUCCUGAGCCCCGCUGAACCUGUGGAUACGGUUCAGUGCUCCAGCAGAAAGAUGCUGGUUGGGCUGGACAUCCUCUGUCUGCUCGUGGCCUCCAUUCCAUUCUUCGCCUGUGAGCUCAAAGCGGUGACACCAUACAUGAGAGGCUUCUUCUGCGGGGAUACCAGCAUUACCUACCCUUACAUAGAAAGUGAAGCCAUUCCUGAUAGCGUGCUUAUAGCCGGGGGCAUCAUAAUCACAGGACUUACGAUUGCAGUUGGAGAGUGUUACCGGGUACGAUUCAGAGAUGUGCACUCACGGGCAUUUGUACGCAACCUCUACGUGUCCUGUCUCUACAAGGAGUUGGGCAGCUUUUUAUUUGGCUGCUGCGUGGGGCAAUCUUUAACCAACAUGGCAAAGCUGAGUGUUGGCCGACUCCGUCCCCACUUCCUGUCGGCGUGCAAUGUGACCUAUGAAUCACUUAACUGCACACCCGGAACCUACAUCUCACAUGUUGUCUGCAAAAGCUCAAAAAAGAUAGUGGAGGAAGCCAGAAAAUCCUUCUUCUCGGGCCAUGCAUCUUUCGCCAUGUACACCAUGCUUUACCUGGCAUUCUACCUGCAGGCGCGGUUGUCAUGGCAAGGGGCACGGCUUCUACGACCGCUGCUGCAGUUCAUGUUGGUGAUGUUGGCAGUGUACACAGGACUCAGUCGCAUUUCCGACUACCGCCAUCACCCCACUGACGUCCUGACCGGCUUCUUGCAGGGAGGACUGACUGCUUACUGGGUGGCCUUUUAUAUCUCGUCCAUGUUUAAGACGUCUCGUCCAGACAUGUCUCCAACAAGCUUGUCUCUGGAAAGUCCCCUGUCCAGCCAGCAGACCGUCUGCUAACAGACCUGCACACAGAAACACCUGAGGGAGACUAAUAGUGAAAGCGCUAGUGAUCGGGUAUGGGACAAAGAACAUGUUCGUGUCUUGACAAAUCCUCAAAAAUUUCCAGCCCACCCUAAGAGAAGAACAGUUAUAUAUCAUACAUGUCUAACCCUUCGACAAACCCGUCCACAGUGUAUCAACCCUCCUAGAUAAAUGAUAUUUUUAUAUAAAAAGUUUAUCCUUUAUAUUUUUGAAAAUAUGUUAUAGUUGAAGCUGCUAAUAUUUUUUGUUUUAUCAUUGGUCACCUGUAGUUCAGGCACAGAGAUCCACACGUCUAAGGGAUCGAACUCAACAUGUCAAGCUUCGGCUCAUGUUGAAUAUUAGAGGCCCAGUCCAAUCAAGUUACAUUGGACAAAAAAAAAAAAAAAAA